ACUUCACUACUGAGAUCUCUCUCCCUAAUUUCCUCAUAAUAUAGUUUCCUCUGUCUCUUAAUUAUCUCUGUUUUCUCUCUCUACAUGACGAUAUCAAGAAAACAUGCUAACCUUCUUCUUGAUUAAAAUGAUAAGUUUUCAAGAUUUGAAUAUCCAGUACAUAUAUAUAUAUAUAUAUAUACAUGCUGAAAUAUAGGAGACAAAGAUGUCUCUAGAGAGAUAAAGAUUGUAUUUUUAUGAGCUGUGAAGAAAAUCCAGAAAAGGGAUAUUGGAAAUUGAAAGUGAAGAUUAGGUUCUUGUCUGCAUUUCUUAAGUAAAUUGCCUCAAGUGUUAGAAAGAUUAGAUAUUUGAGAGAAAAAUGAAUAAAGUACUAUAAGGGGUUUCUUUAUAUAGUUCCUGAAAGUGAAAAAAAUAGAGUGGAGAAGGAGGAUGACUCUAGUGAUGUUAUUAGGGAUUGGUUUUAGGUUUUCUUGUGAUUAUAUGAGUUGGGUAUAGUGUAGAAUUUGGGUAUACUGGAUUUAUAUAGCCGACUCUAACUUGUUUGGGACUGAGGCACAGUACUUCUUGUUGUUUGGGUGUAGUGGGAAUUCAUGACUGAGGCCUAGUUGUUGUUGUUUGGGUGUAGUGUAGAAUUUGUUUUGUCUUUGGAAUGAGGAGCAAAAUUUGAACUUUUUUGGGAAAUUCAAAUCUUGGGCUGUUGGAGUGGACAGUAAAGUUGCUAUUUUGGGAAAAAAACAAGUUGGUGAAAUGAUAUCUUCAGGGACAAAUUUGGUUAUGACUGUGAUUGGAUUUGCUGUUAGUACCAUGUUCAUAGUAUUUGUGUGCACAAGGCUAAUUUGUGCAAGAAUUCAAUUGAACGCAAGACGGCGCUCUUUUGCAUAUGCUUCUAGAUCUGAUCUCAGCAUUUUGGAGCGUGGUUUACAUGGUCUCGAGCCUCUUGCUGUUGCCGACUUCCCGACGAAGAAGUAUGGGGAUGUGUUUUUUACCUCUGUAGAAGAUGCUCAGUGCAUUGUUUGCCUUGCCGAGUAUCAGGAGCAGGAUGCGUUACGUAUUUUGCCAAUAUGUGGACAUUCUUUCCAUGCAACAUGUAUUGACAUAUGGUUUCAGCAGCACUUCACAUGCCCAGUUUGUCGAAUUUCUCUACGUGAAACACCUGAAAAAAAGAGAUUUAUGCAACCGUUGUUUAGUUCAGCUAUCCGAUCUCACUUUGAGUUGGACUCCCUGAAUGUUGGUUCAAAUCUCUGCCUAUCAGCUGAGCAGAGGCAUUCUCCAAGAUUACAUGACAGCCUGAGAACGGACUCCACCACAGACGCUCAAUGCCCACCCGAGGGUGGUAUGAUGGUAGUCAGAGGAAACGAUAUCAUAUUAAACGAGGACAGUCAGAACACGAAAAACUCAGAAAACAAGCAAGUUGAGAGCCCAUCAAAUGCAUAAGCAUUUUAAGUCAAGCCCGCAGAGACUUGAAGAUUUCACAUUGUAGGUAUUGUGUUCAUUCCGUUGCUCGGAUUUUGAUUUGGUAGAUAACUUACUGCUCAUAGCCUUUUGUAACUAUAGCAAGGCAUUGUUUCUUUCAUUUUUUUGAGUACCUCACACUUUGCUAUACUUCAGUUUUCAACUUGAAGGUUGAUGGUAGUUUUGUAGAUCAAUUUGUUCAGCUUCCUUGUACUUAUAGAUUCUUGUUUAUUAUGAUGUUUUUGCAAGAAAACUGAACCAAGAGUAUGAUAAAUAACACCCUUUAGUAGGGGUGGGCAUAGUACCGUAUUGAAAA